AUGAAUUCAAGGGGAUCUUCGUCUAAUUUGACAAAUGCUGCUGCUGCCGUUGCUUCGAUAGGCGCCAACUCUUCCUCGAGCGGCACUUCGCAUCAAGUUGGUACUCGACAAGCAACACGAUCGCGCACUCGAACGAGACAAGCACAGCCCAAUAACAACAAUAACGUCAACAAUGCAGCCGGUCCAAGCAGGAAACCUUUGCCAAGGUACAACAGCGAAGAUCAUCCUUUGAGCCCACACAAAUUAGCGGCGAAAGGAUAUCAUCAAUUCCACUGUUUGGGUGUUCCAUUCCACGUCAAGAAGAGAUAUACAUUCAUGCGUGAACUGGGAAUAGGUGCUUACGGAUGCGUUGCUUUGGCGCAUGAUAGCGUGUUGGAUUGCAACGUGGCCAUCAAAAAGGUUACCAGAAUAUUUGAACGUGAAGUUUUGGCAAGACGUGCCUUACGUGAAGUGGCAGUUUUGCGCGAGAUUGGACUUUGCGAUAAUGUGACUGCAUUGUUGGAUUUCGAUACGACAUUUAUGGAAUUCAAUGAGAUCUACCUCGUAUUAGAAGCAAGUGAAGCAGAUCUUUCGCAAAUUAUUCGAUCGGGACAAUCUCUUUCAGAUGCACAUUUGCAAUACUUUGUUGCUCAAAUCCUUCGUGGUGUUCGUUAUAUGCAUGCGGCAAAGAUCAUUCACCGUGAUAUGAAACCGGGCAAUUUGUUGGUAAACGGUGAUUGUCAGUUGAAAUUGUGCGAUUUCGGUUUAGCACGCGCUUUCCGUGAUGAUUCAGGUCCUUUGACCGAGUAUGUGGCAACACGUUGGUAUCGUGCCCCAGAGAUCAUGUUAUGCUUCAAGAAAGGAUACGGACCUUCGAUCGACAUCUGGAGUGUAGGAUGCAUUUUAGCCGAAUUGCUGGGAGGCAAGCCAAUCUUUGCAGGAAAAGAUUACGUCGAUCAAAUUGCAAGAAUCAACAACGUCCUUGGAUCACCACCCAAAUCAACGAUUGAGAAGAUCGGAAGUGAACGUGCAAGAACGUAUGUUGAAUCUUUACCACAUAUGCCAAAGGUGCCAUUUGCUCAAUUGUAUCCUAAAGCAAAUUCACAGGCGAUUGAUCUUUUGGAGAAGAUGCUCUGCUGGGAUCCUGAAGAAAGAAUCUCUGCUGCUGACGCACUUCAUCAUCCAUGGCUCAAAGCAUACCAUCGAUCCAACAAUAACUGGCAACCACCUCGUCCGUUUGAUCGAUUCGACGAAGUGGAAAUGUUGAGCUCGAUUGCUGAUUUCCGUAUCGGAUUGGAACGUGAAUCUGAUGAAAUGCGUGCUGAAUUA